AUGACUUCUAAACGGGUUCUUAAAUUCCCCGUAAAUGACAAUGAGUCGUCUUUCGUCCUCGUUCAAGUUUCGCCAAAGGGCUCAAAACCACUCGACCUAAAGCUAGUAGGAACAGAAGGGGAAGCUCCCUACGUCUGCUCAUUGAGACAUGACCGUGUCGCAUCCCUCCGCGUCAAAAACUGUUCCGUCUCCGAGGAAGAAUGGCAAACUAUCCUCCAAUCCAUCUUCGAUCAGCAACCCCUCCCCGAUAUUCAAGCUUCAGCAAGCGUACAAAGCGAAUCGUCAAUAUCACUUACUAUCCGAAAACAAGUCCAGGGAAUAACUCAACGCCUCGGCGCCAUUACCCUAAACCAUGACGCAGACGAAGCCAUCGAGUUGUUUGACUGGUGCGCAACUUCCGUCGACGCCGUCACCAAAGCCAAAGCAUCGUCAUCCGAAUCAGCCUCUCAAGUAGACGAGUUGCGGUCUUCUGUAGAGGAGCUAAAAGCUCAGUUGGAUGAGCUGGUUGCUGCCAAGCAGGAAGAUGAGGUGGUGUUACUUCAAAAGUUUAGGGAUCUUCUGAAUGAGAAGAAAGUCAAGAUUCGGGAACAGCAAAAGAUUAUUACGGAAUUUUCCGCCAAUGCUCCGCCUGAGAAGGACGCAGAGGAAAUGGAUGGGGUGGAGAGGCCCGCGACAACCGGGAGGAAGAAGCCGCCCAAGAGGAAAGCAAAGGCUGUGGAUGAGUCGCCUGUUGAGGAUGAAGACGUGGCUAUUAAGGAGGAGCGUGAUGAUUCGGAUGCGGGGAAUACGACGGAAGUGACUGCUUCCGUGGCAAGUGAUGAUGAGGACGAUGAGGAUGAGGAUAUGGGUGGGCCGCAGGGUGAAUCUACAAAAGAGGCUCCUCCACCGAAGAAGCAGGAUGCGCCGCCGCCGCCGAGGGCUUUGCCAUUUCAGAGGAAGAAACCUGCUGUUACGAAUGAUUCAGAUUCUGAUGACGAGUUGUAA